AUUCAGUUGUCAACCUUUAUUUGGUCCCAGUGUUGGCCCAAGUGCCACUAGUUCCGGACUUGCUGCCUAUCGUUGUGUUUGCCCUGCCGGUGUAUCUGGAUUGCAUUGUGAACUGAUUCAUGACAGUUCUGAAACAGAGUCUGCCGCCUCGUCCUCAUCCGUAGACAAUCGUUUCACCCAAUCACCCGGGCUUGGAUGCCAUGCCGCACAGCUUGUUCUGCAACAGAUACAACCUGCUCGGCGACGUUCUCAUCAUUCAUCUGGUUGGAAUCGGGCUGGAUCCCAUCCUAGUUCGAGUGCGUCAUCGAGUGGAUCAACCAAAGCACCUCUGAAUGUGUGCCUCCACGGUGGUCAGUGCGUUGAAUCCCCUAGUGGUCCUGCAUGCGUUUGUCGUGUCGGGUGGCAGGGUGGACGUUGUGAACAGGAUAUUGACGAGUGUGCAUUAGCCGAAGCCCUGUUCGCGCGACGUCGUUCGCGUGGCUCGGGUCACAGUACAGUGCUCCUAAACGGGGGUUCCAGUUCAUCUUCCUCCUCCUCAUCCGACCUUAAAUGGAUCGAUUCGACUGCCGGUGGUUUGUGCAGUCCGUACGAGAUUGGACGUGGAGUGUGUGUGAAUACUCCGGGCUCUUAUCGUUGCAAUUGUUCACUCGGUUUCGGUGGUCGACACUGUCAGACGAAGGUGAGUGAUGUCUGUGUAUUCGCGUGUGGUUCUGUGAGCGAACAACUUUUUCUACGUACCCCCUUUGUGUUCCACUCACUUUCGGUGAAUCUCGUGUGUGAUGUACGGUAG